UGUCGUAACCAUUUCAGCAGCACCCAAAGGGUUGGGAUCAGGGCCAGGCCCCAUCAUGUCAAAAGCUGCACAGAGAGAUGCAGCAAGCUUCCAAUCUGAGCAACGUAGGGAAAGAAGGGAAAUACGGAGGGGGAAAGUGACUCCCCAUGGUUGCAUUGGGGGUCAAUUACAGACCCCUUUAAUGUAACUCCUAGCUCUUCUUCACCCUCUGGGGUAACCAAUCUGAGCACAGGUCCUGUUGCCCUCAGAGAUGCCCCUUUCUCAGAUGCAUUAACUUACAUUUUAAUCUUUAACCUCUCCCAUGGUUUUGCUUCAUUUUUCAGCUCUCUCCAGCUCCGCAUGGUCACAUGGUGCUGUGGGAGUACACAAGGUCAGGAAAGGGAAGCCAGCAAGGAAGAGAGAAACCAUUAGAUUUCAGCAUGAUUUCUGCCUGCAGAGAGUUGUGACAAAGUUUGGAGCAAGAGAAGACCCCACUGAACUCAUGGCCAUGUUUGUGCUCCUGUUUCUCACUGCCUUCACGGCCAUUCAGAGCACACCCAGCCCCCUGGAAAGCUGCUUUCAGGACCCAGAAUAUGAAUCACUCCUGGAGAUCACCCAGGAGGGCUUAGGCAAGGCAGCUAAGCCACAGAAGAUCGUGAUUGUCGGGGCAGGCAUAUCUGGGCUGACUGCUGGAAAGGUGCUGCAGGAUGCAGGGCACCAGGUGACGAUCCUAGAAGCCAACCACCAUGUGGGAGGCCGGAUCGAGACAUACCGGGAUCCAGCAGGUGGCUGGUAUGUGGACCUGGGACCCCGACGCUUGCCCUACAGCCACAGGAUUGUCCGGGAAUACAUCAAACAACUCGGCCUGAAAUUAAACCCAUAUCCUGAUGGGAAUGGCAAAGCCUGGUAUCUGGUAAACAAUGUCCGAGCUAGGGCCAGCGAGGUGGAGAAGAACCCAAACAUCCUGGGCUACCCUGUGAGGCAGUCUGAGCGAGGGAAAUCAGCUGUAGAGCUCUACUAUCAGGCCUUGAAACACGUGGAGCAGGUGCUGGAGAAGUCCAACUGUAGCCACGUUCUGGACAAGUAUGACUCCUUUUCUCUUGAGGCCUAUCUGAUCCAAAAGGGCAACCUCAGCCGAGCAGCUGUACAAAUGAUCGGAGACCUGAUGAAUCUUGGUGCUGGAUUUUCCCGCGGCUUCACCGAAUUCCUCCGCGAGGUUUUUCUGUUCACACAGGAAAAGAGGUUUGAUGAGAUUUCUGGAGGCUUUGAUGUGCUGCCCAGUGCUUUCCAACAAGCCCUGGGGGGCAGUGUGCUCCUGAACUCCACUGUGCUCCAGAUCCAGAGGGAAGAGGAUGUUGUCCAAGUACUCUACCAACCUGGGGACACUGCCACCCCUCCCAUCACUCUGACAGCUGACUAUGCCAUUGUUACUGCCACGGCAGAAACUACCCAGCUCAUCAGCUUCCACCCUCCCCUGUCCCCAGCAAAGACCUUGGCCCUGCGCUCUCUACGCUCCACUGGGGCCACGAAGGUGGGCCUGGCCUGCACCAAGAAGUUCUGGGAGGAGGAGGGGAUCCGCGGUGGGACCUCCAUCAGUGACCUCCUCUCUCGGGUUACCACGUACCCCAGCCACAACUUUUCCAGUGGGCUGGGAGUGGUGCUGGGCUCACAGACCUAUGGGGAUGACUCCCAGUUCUUUGACCCUCUUAGCCCAAAGAAAGCUGUGGAAGUGGUGUUGGGGGACCUGGCUGCCAUCCACCAGCGGCCAGUGGAGGAGCUGAGACGCUUGUGCCCCCACUGGGUGGUCAAGAAGUGGGGGCUGGACCCCUACUCCAUGGGGGCCUUCACCCUCUUCCACCCCUUUCAGCUGGGAGAACAUGCCCAGGCCCUGUGGCAGAGGGAAGGGCGAGUCCACUUUGCUGGGGAGCACACAGCUCUGCCACAUGGCUGGAUUGACACGGCCAUGAAGUCUGGAGUGAGGGUGGCCAGGGAUGUGCAUAUUGCAGGAGAGCAAGUGGCUAUGUUGGGAGACUGCCCUCUACGUGGGGAUCCCUCUAGGACACAGGGGGCCUCUGAUUUUCACUUGAAUAUGCUGGAUCCAUUGUGAUGGCACCGAUGCGGUCUGUGUCGUGAGAAGCUCAGCGUCAGUGCAGCACGGCCCUGACAGAACCACUAGACCCUGCUUCCUUUCCAGAGCUGAGUAUAGACCCAAGAGGCAUUUUUACAUAUGCAAGCACUGCAGCGCCCUGCAUUGCUUGUAGUUGUAUAAGCAGCGAAAUGUGCAUCAGUGCUGAAAAAACGGCAGUGGCACGCUUUUGAACUAACACACAUAGAAGGUGCUUUAGUUCAAAAGGGGUGUAGGUUGUAGCUGUGUUGGUCUAAGGACACAGGGAGACAAGGGUCUUUGGGUGAAUCCAAUAUCUUUUAUUAGAUCAACUUAAGAUAUCGGAUUCACCCAAAGAACUGUGUCUGCCUUUGUUCAAAAGUGCACUGCUGCCAUUUUCUGCACGCUAAGGUGCAUUUCACCACUCAGACAACUGCAUGUGGCACAGCGGGGUGUGUGUUAGCUCACGGGUGGAGCAGACUCGCUUAAUCAAGUCUUCUUCAAAACGGUGGAUCUCCAGCAUGGCACAGGAUGAAAAAGUAUGUGUAUAAAUGCCCGAGAUGUCCUGAUUCCCAGCCCUGCGUCACCAGCUCACUAGACCCGGAGGCCCUGAAUCUCAGCUGCAUUCUUCUUGCUCUCACUGCUGGGUCAUGAAUUAAUUGGGAUGUUAAAUAUCCCUCUGGCAUGGCUGCUGCCAACAGCCCAUAACUGCCCUGUGGGAAAAAGGUUCCCUCAGGCUGGAUCUUCUGCUUGGCUGCUUCCUUUCUGAAUCCAGCUGUAUUUGCAGCUCUGGGAAAGGAAUAGGGCACUGUGGGCUCAUGUGGAGCUGUGGUGGGAGGUAGCAUCCAGGACUCCUGGGUUAUGUCCCCAGCUCUAGGAGGCGAAUGGGCUCUGGUGGAUUAGAGCAGGGAUUUCUGAGAGUCAGGACUCCUGGUUUCCAUUCCCAUACCUGACACUACGUAGCACUUCAAUUUACCCAUCACAAUAUCUCUUCCUUCUUCCUUACCAAAUGAUAGAAAUCCUCAGAUUGAAAGGUCCAGUUGAAGCUGAGGAGCUGGCAUUAUUAAGCAGCAUUUUUUUAGCUUGCAUUUUUUUUUUAAUUUCAUGUAUUGCGCCAAAUCAGUACUGAAUUCUGUUAACUGAGCAGAGCUCAGUCAUUCAAGCCUGUAUGAAACUACCACCAGUGAGUAUCCUCCCUCCCAGACUCAUCAGUCUGGGGCUUUAGAUACUCCCAAAUCCAUGGCAGGCAUCCUGGGUGAAGCCCCAAACCUGGAGGCCUUGGAGUUCAGAUCCCCUUAGUCUCGCUUCCCCCUAGCCAAAAGGCCGAAGGAGCAAGCUAGAGGGAGAGCCCGACAGCAAUCCCCCCCACCAUAAACUGUGUAGCCCAGAUCCUGGCACUGGAGGUCUGUGCUCUUGCAGGGAUAGCCUGUCAGUACUGGAAGGGACAGGGUUUUCAAAUCAUUCAAGGCCAAGAAGAAGGAGAUCUCCCCGUCGGGUAAGCGAAACCACCGGGGCCGAAACCAUCAUCUUAGUAUCUCCCCUGCCUUUGUCCUAUACGUGUGGCUAGGGCGUGGGGCAUGUUGUCCUAUUGAAAGUGAAGCAAAAAAAAAAGGCUUGUUUUACAGCCAGCUCCGCGACACAACACGAGGCAGGCACAAGGCUCGGUCAAUCCAGUUCUACCAGGAUCUGACAGGUUUCCUUUCCUUAUGUAAGACAGUGCCUCUGGGGAAGGGCCCUGGAGCAAAACAAGCAUCUUCUGAAAUGCCACAGUAAAGGAGCCAGAUGGCUUCAUGCCCAUUACUCCAUUGCAGAAACUUGGAAUAAUUUACAUACCUUGAGGAUCUCUCACUAGUGUGUGCGUUAUUGGGCACUUAGACCAAAAUAAGGAACUCCAUUAGUACUUUUAGCUUUGUUCAUAUCCUGUCUGACACCCCAUCAGGCCAGGGAGUCAGGGUUGCCCUGUUGUUCUGUGCAGAAAACUGGUAAUAAAGGGAUUAUGGUUUUAAAA